GGUUCUAUGAUCUGUACUUUGCCCUUGUUAGUUGUUGCCUUUCCCUUCUUUUUCCUUCUCUCAGCUAUAGCAGGAUACUCUCAUUAUUGUCCUCAGAACCAAUUCUGUGGAAACAUAAAUAUCAGUUAUCCCUUCUUUAACGAUGUCUGGGGUUGUGGAAUAGAAAACCUUCACUGUAUAAAUGGUUCCACUCUAGUGAUCCCUUCUGGGAAUAAAAAUGAUAAUUGGACAUAUGAGGUUGAAAGCAUCGACUACACCAAAAUGACUGUAUCAGUUCAUGGCCGGAGGUUCAUCGGAGGAGACGACUUUCACGGAGACAGUGACAAAUGCAAUGUCCUCUUCAACAAUUCAGCCAUGACAGCACCCGUUUUCCACCAUCUGCUUUCAGGUAAAGUGAUAAGCCAAAAUCUUACACUCAGUGUAUGCAAGCGCCAUGAUCUUCAAGAAUUAGACAACGAUUGCAUAGUUGAGGCCAUAUCAGAUGAACCUGUAGCACCUCGACCCAGAUCCCAUGGCUCUUCAUAUGACUGUAAAGUAGUUCAUCUUCCAGUGGAUGGCCCACCUGCCACAUUCCAUGGGCCGGUUGAUCGUGUUUCACAUUUGGUCACUUUUGGGUUUCGUCUUCGCUGGAUUCUUCCCCAACAAUGUCUUAAAUGCGAAAAGAAUGGAACCCACUGUGGGUUGCUGAUCGAUGACCAAGAUAAUGACCAUUUCAUUUGUUACGAUCAUAGAUGGAAUCAAGAAAAAGAUGAUGCAGGGAACAUGACCCAAAAAAAGAUUAUUGGAAUAGGCAUUUCCGCAGGAGUUGCAGGCGGAAUCCUUUUGACAAGCUUAUUUUUCUUCAUGUUCUACAAAAAACGGACUGGACAUAACCUUAGCCGAGUCCGUAGCUUCUCCUUGAAGACAGACCUAAAAAAGGGCAGCACCCACUUUGGAAUUCCCAUCUUCUCCUAUGCUGAGCUCGAAGAAGCCACCAAUAAUUUCAGUUCUGUUAAUGUACUCGGAGAUGGUGCCUUUGGUACUGUAUACCAUGGUAACCUCCAAGAUGGACGUAUUGUUGCAAUCAAGCGGCUUUACCAUAACAACUACAAGCAUGUUAUGAGGUUCAUGAAUGAAAUUGAAAUCCUCACUCGUUUGCGCCAUCAAUACCUUGUCACUCUUUAUGGGUGCACUUCAUACCGAAGCCAUGAACUCCUCCUUGUUUAUGAAUUCAUUCCCAAUGGAACCGUUGCUGAUCAUCUCCAUGGUGAUAGAAGGGUGGAUGGAUCACUCCCAUGGUCUAUCCGCAUGAGCAUAGCCAUGGAGACUGCAAGUGCAUUGUCUUACCUCCACACUUCAGAUAUCAUACACCGUGAUGUCAAAACUAGCAAUAUUCUCCUUGACAACCAUUUCCAUGUGAAAGUCGCAGAUUUUGGGUUGUGUCGUUUGUUCCCCACUGGUGUCUCCCAUGUUUCCACUGCUCCUCAGGGGACUCCAGGCUAUGUUGAUCCCGAGUAUCAUCGAUGCUACCAGCUUACAGACAAGAGUGAUGUUUAUAGCUUUGGGGUGGUCUUGAUUGAGCUCAUAUCAUCUAAGCCUGCUGUAGAUAUCACUAGGAAUCGAGAUGAGAUUAAUUUGGCAAACAUGGCAAUGAAGAAGAUACAAAAUGGAGCUUUGCAAGAGUUUGUUGACCCAUGCCUUGGGUUUGAAUCGGAUUGCACAAUAAGGAGGAUAGUGACAUUAGUUGCAGAGUUAGCAUUUCGUUGUCUUCAAGAUGACAAGGAAUUGAGGCCUUCCAUGGAUGAGGUAUUGGAAAUUUUAACGGCAACUGGGGUUGAUCAAGAGUUCAAGGUAGAUAACGUAGAGGUGAUUGACAUUCUAGCAAGUUAUGAUGUGGAGCUGCUCAAGAAUACACCCCCACCACCAGCUUCAACCGAUUCUGAGUGUACUGAUAUAUUGAGUAGCGAGCCAACCAAGACAAAUACCAGUGGUUAAAUUUGAUUUUGGAUCAGCUCCACACAUGAGGAGAGGAGCUACCCUCUCCACAUGGGUGUGCCAUUGGAGUUCUUCAAUACUGUAUUUUAGCCAAAUCUGGAGUCCCAUUGACUUUGAUAUUAAAACAAAGCUCAAUCACUUCCAUAUUUCGAACCGUCAUAUUUUCUCUUCUUGGGUUCUCUAAUUAGGCUUUGUUAAGUAGCUUGACUUCUUUUGUUCAGUAUAUUGUUCUUUUGUUUUCCUU